GGUGUAGUUCUAAUAUAAUAAUGGAAGAAUAUAAUCGUGAACCGUGCCCAUGGAGAAUCGUAGACGAUUGCGGAGGGGCCUUUGCAAUGGGUUGCAUAGGCGGCGGAGUCUUUCAGUUCAUAAAAGGUUUCCGAAAUGCACCGUCAGGUAUCAACAGAAGACUCCUGGGAAGUUUAUCUGCCAUCAAGACUAGGUCUCCAAUUAUAGCUGGUAACUUCGCCGUUUGGGGUGGUAUGUUUAGUACGAUAGACUGCACAUUAGUGAAAAUACGUAAAAAAGAAGACCCGUGGAAUUCUAUUAUCAGUGGUGCUGCUACUGGGGGCAUCCUGGCCGCUAGAAAUGGUGUCGCAGCCAUGGCAGGCAGUGCAGUUAUUGGUGGCGUUUUGCUUGCUCUGAUCGAAGGAGUUGGUAUAUUGUUGACAAGAUUCUCGGCAGAACAGUUUAAACAGUCAAAUCCUAUAAUGGAAGAUCCUUCAGUUUUAAUCAAAAUAAUAAUGUACAGUAUCA